UCCGUAUACCCUACCCUAGCGGAACCUGUCGGAUAGGUGCAGGCUGAGCUCUGACGUGCACAGGCAUGUGUGACAGCUCAGAGACCGGCGAACCGACAGAGAAAGGGAGGGAAAGAAGACUUGACACCACCGGACGCACACACACACACAUCCAGAACAACCAACACACUCUGCAUACCCAGGAAAGGAAAUAUGAAAAAUAACAUGCAGAGAGGAAAAUAGACAUUCCCUCUUUCCCUGAAGGGAACCAGGGGGAAAGGAAUGCUCUGGAAUGCCAAGGAACCCUGGAGAGCUUUUUCAUUCCAGCUUGGACUCAUGGAUCUGGACUCCUAAUGUGCAAUCUAAGACUGUUGGAACUACAGGACAUUUGGGUGGUUCUCUGCAUCACGUUGUAUGUGAUCCAUAUAGCCGGAGCCAUCUCCGUGGCCUCCCCCCAGCGGAGCAUGACUCGCUCGGUGCAGGAGGACGUGUUCUUCUCGGUGCGGGUGACCUGCCAGGGUGUGCCCACCCUCCAGUGGACCUUCAUGUCCGGCGCCGUCAGCCGCAGCAUCGGCAGCUGGCGGCCCGACAGCAGUGGCGUCGGCGGCGGCGGCUCCUUCUCAAACAUCACGGUGGACUACGUCGACCGCGUGGAGACGUACGCCAACGGCUCGCUGGGUCUGGCCCGGCUGCGGCUCGCGGACGCCGGCUUCUACGUGCUCACCGUCACAGAAGACUCGGGCAGCAGCAAGGACAGCGGCUUCGUGCUCAAAGUGAACGAGGUGAUCUAUGAGGACCUGCAGUACCUGUCCGUUUCGGCCCUGGUGCUGUUCUGUCUGGCGGGCCUGCUGAUGCUGUCCAUGUGGCUCCUGAACCGGGCCUACAAGAAGAUCAAGGCCUGCAGACGGCGUCGAGAACAGAACGGUAAGGCAGAACGCAAUCAGAGUCAAUGUUAUAUUGAUCACAUGCACAGUAUCAAUCAUUCUGGAUAGUGAAAUGAUCACGGAAAGGCCAAGGGUGGACUACAUCUUAAUAAUUAAAUAAAAUAAUACAUGAUAAAUGUAAUAUGAGCAUGUUAAUUACACAAUAGAGACACAUUUUCUUCAUCUUUCUAGUUUCAAGUUUCUUUAUUUGAUCUUAUCUUAAAAUAAAGUUAAAAAAAUAAAUAAAUGAAAAAGUUUCAAAAGUAUCAUGAAAUAUACAGUAAAUAGAGAUUCAGUAAUCAAUGUGGUCGA